AUGUUGAAAAGUUCAAACGUGACAGAAGAAGUGAAACAUCCUCGAUUCGCAUCAGAUUCGAAUACUCGUCGUAUAGAAAGAAAUCGAGUUUUGACUAUGAAAUAUGGAAAACAGCAGAUGAUGGUCAUUCGUAAGAGGAUGCAGGCAGAAAAUUGGAUUGAAGAGCAAAUAUGCAAAUUAUUCAAUGGUAAAGAUGAUAACGGAGUUGAGAUAGAUUUGGAUACAUUACUCGACAUGCCGUCUAUUCAUGACAAAAGAAAGUUUGUAUUUGAACAACUUCAACGACAAUACUGUCCAGCCUCAAUGGAUAAGAUAACCGUAUUUCUUGAUGAGUUAAUGGAACAAAUCAAGCUUCUCUAA